UCUUGGUCACGCUCUGCCGACCCUCGCCACUUGCUUGUGAAGAAGGAUACUUUUUUUUUUCGUAAACUUCCGAAUCGCCUCAUCCCAUCGAAGUCUAAACACACGAAUCCAAUAACACUAAACCUACACCGCAAUACACAUCGUUACGAUUAGCAGCCAUGGGCAAUGACGGCGGAUCCAUCCCCAAGCGCCGCGAGCUGGUCAAGAACGCGGCGCGCGCACCGACAAUUUCAGAACUCAAGGCGACGGCCCUCGAGUCUCUCGCACAUGCAUGGGCUCACUGCGCCCUCAGCGAUGCGCCCCUCGACUUGGACGCAGUAGUUUCAGACUGGCGGGGGAGACUAUACAGCUAUGAAGCCAUUCUCAAGGGGCUGAUGCCGUCCGACGAUCCCAACGAAGUGACACCAGCAUCUCUGGGCAUCCGCUCACUCCGUGACGUUGCAAAGCUGAAAUUCUCCAAGACGGGCGAUAAGUGGGCUUGCCCGAUCUCCAUGAAGGAAAUGGGGCCGGCGACAAAGGCCGUCUACUUGGUGCCAUGUGGCCACGCAUUUGCAGAGGUUGCCAUUACAGAGAUCAAAGAAGAAGCCUGCCCAGAGUGUGGAGAAGCAUUUACCCAAGAGAAUGUGAUAGCUAUCCUCCCGACUGCUGAGAAAGACUUAGACAGAUUACAGAAGCGAAUCGAAGAUUUACAGGCAACCGGCCUCACUCAUACGCUCAAGAAGGGCAAGUCGGACAAGAAGAAGAAGCGAAAGGCCGGGGAUGCAGAAGAGGAGGGAGAUGCUGAGAAGAAGGAAGACAAGGCCAAGAAGAAUGACGCCAGCCGAGCAAAGAAAGAAACAGACUCGAGAAUCAAGGGCAUCAACAACUCGAUGGCUGCGACAUUGACCGCUCGAGUAUUGGCAGAACAAGACGAAAGAAACAAGCGCAGGAAGCUGGCCCAGGCGGCUUCAUGAAACGCCCAACUUUUACAACAUGAAUUGAUUGGAUAUAGCUUAUCUCGUAUGUCACCUGUAGAGAUUCAAUGAUACCCCUUUCUUUCUAUUUCAAGCUUGUUCGUGGCCUAUGCUCUUCUUGAAUCGGGAUCUCCGCUAGGGUGGGACUGUGUCACAACAGGCAAAGCUGGUGCUGCAGAUGUGAGGCUCUGUGAGGCUCAAGUGGUUCUAGAAGGGUCAAUAUAAUGGAGAAUGCCUAAGAAUAACAUGGAGCCCCAGUAGACUCAGGAAUGCGCCCGUUUGAUGCCAUUGAUGGCACCUGCAGACGGCCAAGGCCAAGCAUCUCGGGACCGACUGCUCCUAGCCCGCAUCCUCCAUGUUUGUGAGGCCCCACGACAGGAACAGG